UUUUACGAAUGUUUUGUUUAUACUAACAAACAAAAUCAAUUCAUCUGCGAGUUUAUCUAUUGAAAUAUUGUUUUUAAUUAUUAUUUUCAAAAACAAAAUUUUGCAAUAAGUCUGGAGAAAAUAAACAUAUUUAGUAUAUAAGGUAGAAAAUUGUUCAUUCGAUACAUACACCUCAAAUCUAGUGAAAUAAAAUUUGUAUACUUUUAAUAUUUAAAAUGAAAUUUUUGAUUCUUCUUUUUGUUAUAUACGCCGUUGUGGCCGAUCAAGAUAACGAUAAAUGGUCUGAAUUUAAGAAUAAAUACGAUAAACGUUACACGAAUGUCGCGGAAGAGACGUUGCGUUUCAAUGUUUUCAAAGACAAUUUGCGUAAAAUCGAUGAGCACAACAAGAAGUUUGAAGCGGGUCUUUCAACAUUCAAAAUGAAAGUCACGCAAUUCACAGAUCUAACAGCCGGAGAGUUCCAAGACAGACUUAAAUUAUCAGUUGAACCGGAAUCGAAAUUUUCCAGAAAUAUUCAAGAUAUUAAAGUGGAAGGCGACCUUCCAAGUGAAGUUGAUUGGAGAGCAAAAGGCGCCGUAACCGAAGUUAAAGAUCAAGGUGGUUGUGGUUCUUGUUGGUCGUUCAGUACGACUGGAACAGUGGAAGGCGCGAAUUUCUUAAAAACGGGAAAUUUGGUUUCUUUAAGUGAACAGAAUCUGGUAGAUUGCGCUCACGAUAAUUGUUUUGGUUGCGGGGGAGGGUGGAUGGAUAAGGCUCUAGAAUACAUCAAGGAUAAUGGUAUUAUGACGGAACUUGAUUAUCCGUAUGAAGCUAAAGAUGACACUUGCAAAUUUGAUAGUACAAAAUCGGUUCUAACAAUAACCAACUUUACAUUCGUCAAAGAAGGAGAUGAGGAUGAUUUACAGAUAGCUCUAGCGAAAAUAGGACCAACUUCCGUCGCUAUUCAAGCCUCGUUUUUAUUCCAAUUUUACGGAGGAGGAAUCCUGGACGAUAGUUCUUGCGGAAAUACAAUUCAAGAUAUGAAUCAUGGGGUUUUAGUCGUUGGUUAUGGUACGGAGGAUACGAAUGAUUAUUGGAUUGUGAAAAAUUCGUGGGGUGAUACCUGGGGAGAAGACGGUUAUAUAAGAAUGUCUAGAAACAAAGGAAAUCAGUGUGGUAUAGCUACCUAUGCCACAUAUCCUAUUUUAUAAUAAUUUUCGAAAUUUCUUAGUAUCAAAUACUAUUUCUGUUGUAUUAAAAUUUGAUAAUAAACUAUAUUUAUUGAAAAAUUGUAAUUGAACAAA